UUCUUCUUUCACCUCUCUUCAGUGAGAGAAGAAACUCUGUUAUCCGUCCAAAUCUGGUUCUUUCUUUGAUUCAGUGGGAAAAGGCGAGGGCAUAAUUUCUCAGUAUUUCUUAAAAUCGAUUCUGCGGCAGUGGUUCGAAGAUUUUGAUUUCUCUUAUUUCUUCUUAUUGUCGUUGAUCGAUAUGAAGGACGACGAUGUCCUUCCAACGACGAUAGCGAGUGCCGGGAAGAAAGAUAGCUCGGUUUCGAGUAUAUUCGGCAAAGGACGCUACAAGUUCUGGGCCUUGACUGCCAUUUUGUUGCUCGCAUUUUGGUCCAUGUUCACCGGCACCGUCUCUCUUCGAUGGUCCGCCGGUAAUCUCAACGGUCUAUCUGAUGAUAUCGAUUUUAACCUCCCUAAUGAUCUCGAUGUGCUUGAAAUGGAGGAAAGGGAGAAGAUAGUGAAACACAUGUGGGACGUUUACACAAAUAAUCGCCGGAUCAGGUUACCGCGUUUCUGGCAAGAGGCAUUCGAGGCUGCGUACGAGGACCUGACCAGUGAAAUGCCUGGUGAUAGAGAGGCUGCUAUCUCCGAGAUCGCCCGGAUGUCUAUGCACUCCAUUGUUCUUGAUACGCCUUCGGAGCAAUCCACGAGUGCACGAGAGUUCACAAAGAUGCAGAAAAUAGCAGAUAAAAGCAGGGGGACAGCUAUCAAAACUGGGAGUAAGCUGUGACAUGGGUGAUGUUCAUGAUGAUCCAAGGUUCGAUGCCUCUCUACUCUGCCUUUAAAGCCACUAGAUUGCUGUCUGAAGUUGUUUGUAGGAGGCAGUGACUGGCAAGUCUACAUUCUUUCAAACUUUGAUUUUUUUCCGUUUUGCUUACAGUAUAUUGCAAGAUGGGUCAAACAGCCUUUUUGCGUAGAAUUUUAGAGUGAUAUUUGGUAAUGUUCUUUAUAAAGGUGAAAGAUGAGUAUUGAAAGUCUCACAUUCGACAAUCAUUUAAACAUGUAGAAGAGCAUCAUAAACUAUUAUACUUCCAACCCGUUGUUUGCAUGGUUCAAUUUGUUUCUCUGUGGUUGGAACUUUGGAUAAUUUCAACUACGGAUGCUUUGGUC